AUGGAUUCUUCGUCGAUUGAUAUUGAACAAUCGGAUCAUUCUUAUCGUUUGGAUGCAAGUUACAAUUCAAUUUUCAGAGAAACUGCAUUGGAUAUAUUUUGUCUAACUUAUACGGAAACAUUUGAAUUUUUGGCGGCAGGAUUAUCCGACGGUACCGUACAAUUGCAUAAAACUCAUAACGGCGAGAAAGCCAGGUCCCUUUGUGACAACGAAAUAAUACAAAAUCCUGGAUCAGUAACGGCUAUCAAACAUAGGCCCGUCCAACAGACACAUCCGAUAACUCACACUCUCAUCGCUACUUAUAUAAAUGGAUGCGUCAAAUCUUGGCAUUAUCCAAGUUCGCAAUGCAUCUACACGAUAAGAGAGAACCGACAAAUUCUUGGUCUGGCCUAUCAUCCUAAUCUACCGAAAUUCGUAACGGUCGGUGACGACACGAACGUCUGUUUGUACGACGAAGAAACGAAGACUCAGGAAAGAGUGUUCCACGCUAGUGAAACCAUGGAGAAGAUGGACGGGCACAGGUCUCGCGUAUUCGCUGCCUGUUUUAAUCCAAAAUCAGCGCACGAGAUCAUAAGUGGCGGCUGGGACGACACCAUUAUGUUUUGGGACUCUCGGCAACCUUACGCUCUCCGUUAUAUAUCGGGUGUUCACAUUUGCGGAGAUAGCAUUGACAUAAGUCAGAACGGAAAAGAGAUCCUGACGUGCGCUUGGCAAAGAAAAGAUCCCAUUCAGUUGUGGGAUUAUGGAAGUGGCAAACUCAUAACGAGUCUCGAGCCCGAUAACAUAUCUUCUAUGCUCUAUUGCGGAAAGUAUCUCAGUAAUAUCUUUAUUACAUGCGCUGGAACGGAUGCGAACUUAUUUAGAAUCGUCGAUCUGCGUUCACACUCGGUAAGUUUUCGUCGUUGCACAAAGAGAGAAAAUCAUUUUCGUUUUCUUUCGCUUCGCUUCGUUCGAUAGACCUUAGCGAUGGUGAGAAAUUUGCUCGGAGGUGUUCAUGGUAUAGCGCUUGGACCGGUCGACACGAAACGCGCUAAAAGGAUGAAACAACCCGAUAUGUUUUUGCCCAAAAUUGCCUUCUGCUCUGGCAAGACGAUUUACGAAGUUCAAGUAAAAUCCGUCUGACCCCGUCGUCUUUCGCCGUCGCGUUUUUCCCUCCCUCGACUUAAGAGACAAACAACUUUAUGAGAAAAGGGAUUAACAUUUGUUCGUUCUCGAUGAAGGAACAACAAACACGCCGCGACCUCAUUUUCUCAAGCAAUAAACAAUGUAUUUUAUUUAAUACAAACUAUGGUACAAAAUUUACACAGAACAACGCACGGUUUUCUUUUUUUCCACAUUAUUUCUCCAUACGUUAAAGCAUGGACGAUACGCAGUUUCUCGUUUAAACGCACACACACUUAAGCGAAUGAACGUAGUAGGAGCGAGGAGGAAUAAAAUAAGGGAUUACCUUGGGAAAGUACGAAGGGUCGAGAAUGAAGGAGCCGCGGGAAGAAGAGUGAGCGAUGAGGGACGAUGAAAGAGAGAUAAUUAGUUUAAAAAGGGGCACAUCGAUUUGCGACAAAUACAAACUUACUUGAUACUCGAGGAAAUAAUUCUCGGUCGGCAUCGGGUCGCCGAUAUUCUUUUCUUUUUUUCUUCUUUUUGUGUAUCUCUUUUUUUCUUUUUUUUUCUUUUCUUUUUUUCUUUUUUUUUCUUUCUGGCGCGGGUUAAUUUGCUCGAACACGCUGAGAGAGCGGAACGCACGUAACGUGAACGCGCACGUUUCUUGAUAGACGCCAAACGACGAGCACCUAAGUCAUUUUUAUGUCGUCGCGCCAAAAGCUACGGA